GGCUAAUAUUCGAAUUUGAAAAUGUUCACCUCUGACAACAUAUAAGCAGUUACUGGUAUAUAUACACAGUGGGAUUCCCUUCUCUUCUCUUGGAUCAUCCCCUUUGCUUCUACUAGACUACCAUAAAACCCCUUCUCAAUCGAAAUUGAAAAGAUCAACUUGAAAAACACUGACGUACAACAAGCGUCAUCAUCAGCUACUACUAUGAUAAAUCAUAGAAGAUUAUCACAGCGAACUGCCGGCGGCAUCACCCUCACCUACCAUUACUUGAGAUGCCGUAGCAUGAUUUUAUUAGUACCCAAUCUCAACGCCAUGCCUAUAGAGAUUCUCCAUAAGAUAUUUUCCCACCUCACCUUCCGAGACUGCAUUCGCUGUACAGGCGUCAGCAAAAGAAUUAGACAAAUCAUCCUAAAGUGGCCUCGACUAGUACAUACUCUAUCCAACGAACGCUGUAGACAUAAUCUAAGCCAAGUAAUGAUACCGUAUUUGCAGCACGUGAAUGGUCUGGGAGUUCAUGCGAUAGAACUGACUGCCGACCGUAUCACAAGUGACCUGCCUCUGAGGGCAAAUCAGGAGCUGAUUCAGUUUAUGGACAUGCUAGAAUAUUGGCAGUGUUACGCUAUCAAGCAAGCGACAAUACGGCUAUACUGCUUCUCAGAACAAUGGCUCAACAAGUUAAUUAACCUUGCGUCCAUCUCUCUGACCUCUUUGGAUUUGUGGACAGCGAUUGAUCAGCAACAUAUGGAGAGCGCCAUAACCAUGCUUCUAGCUUAUUUUCGUAACCUGAACUAUUUGCACUUUGCAUCCAGCAAAUUUUAUGUUCAAGGAAGUGUAAGCUAUCAUCAACUAAUAGCCGGCAAUAGUGAAGCUUCUACUACUGCUACUACUACGUCGUCGUCGUCAAACGAAGUUGACUUACUGCAACACUGGCGCCAAGAAAUGCAACUACAAUCCUACGUAUCGACACCAAUACAGCAUUUCAAUCUUGGCACGUUCCAGCUCACCUGCGACAGUGCUUUUGUCAAUGGCCAGACAGUAACUAUUUUUCAGCGUAUCCCGAACCUUCGACACUUGAUGCUAAGCGACUACUUUCUUGAGCAAGACAGUAUCCGAACCGUCUUCAGCCAACUUUUCCAGUACUGUCCUCACCUGGAGUCGAUCAUAUACGUUAGCAGGGACAGCUCACGACCACCUUUUCUCAGUUACGAUAUUCACGGAAGCAGUGUAAUAACAAGCACUUUUGUUGUACAAGUGGACAUCAAUGAUACCUAUGGUUGCACUACCAAAAAUACUGGUGACAGCACAGCAACACAUUCAGUAGCAGCAGCGAAAACAACUGCACGUGAAUUGACGAUAAGUGGAUAUGCCGAUGACCAAAACGCGCACUGGUUCACUGGAGCUAUGCUACGACUGUUCUACAAUAACUUUACCAGCAUUGAUUGGGGGUAUCCUUUCUGUAAUAGCGAACAUCAGACCAACUUUUGCAACAUUGACUGCUUCGCGGCUUUGGAACGUCUCGUCGUAGAGUGUAUCCAUAGCGUAAACCAGAACCACCAUGGACAGUUCCACCCUCAGCAGUUGUACGAACCGUAUGACCAUGGUUGCAGCACAAAUUUGCGCUAUUUCCUGUGCAAGUGUCCGAAUUUGCGAGAAGUCAGGUUGACGACUAUGACUUUGGACCGGGAGUCUAUAGCAACUUUACAAAGCCUGCCAAAGCUGGAGUCCAUCACGUUUGAAAAUUGUAAAUCGGUUUACGAGAAUGAUAUACAAGGGAUCAUCCGCCGCGAAAAAUGGAACUCUCAUGUGAAAGUCAAGAUUGUCAAAACUAAUUGUUUUUGAGUUUUGAGUCAUCAUCAGCGUCAAAAUGUAUACAGUACCAUAAUCAACUUGUUUACGACCUACUCGCCAUAAAUUACAUUAUACAUCGCCGUUAAACCCCUUUCUCCUCAUCUGUAG